CUUGUGUACCUGCAUUGGACUCAACUCCAUUAUCCGCUUCCACCCUGUCUCCAUCAGGCCUUGUCUCUGGUCGGCUGACUUCACCUCCAUCCAGUCAAACUUGUUCUGAUAUUACUUGCCCUUUCCUUCCAGGUCGCUCCUUGCUGUUCCCUUACGCACUUUCGAGUCCGAGGAUUGUCGUCCUCCACGCUCGACACACCUGCCAGCGCAUAUCCCACCAGCAUACCCGGGGCAAAACCCCCCGAGUUGUCCUUGUCCUUCCCGCCUCAACUCACUGAACAGCAAGCUCAGAUUCGCAUUGAUCGACCUCUGACCGUAAGACCUGCUCGCGAGGUGAAGACUUGAAACCAGUCACUUGGCCACUCAGAGUCGAGGACCCCGCGCAUCUGGUCCACUGGUCAGCGUUGGUCUAGGCCUCAGGGAAGCGGGCCUCCAGCCAUUUGUCCUACAAGACCUUCCAAACUCCUAUCAAAAGGACUUUUCAGACUGUCACUUGUCCACGUUAGCAGCAACAUCCAGCUCAUUUGCCUCCUCACAGCCAAUAUCUACCUUUCCACGAUCACUAUCAACAAUUCCUCGCACGCCAUUUGCUGGUCAACAACCCACAAAUCGUAAAUACCGAUCAACAUCGCGCUCACCGACCUUUGGCGAAUCCCAAGGUUCUUGCCUAUUCUCCCACAUUUGCACCUGCCGCGACAGGGCCAACACUUUGCAGCUUUUCCCCCGUCUUUCCGCUCUUGCUACAACAUUCUCAUCCUCGCAAUCUCUUACCAAUGCCGGUGACCAAAGGACAUGUGCUGGCCAUUUUGCCUUGUUGCGGUUGAUUGUUGGAUUUCUGAAGCCGGAGAAGUACUUUACUAGUCGACACGUUGCAUGCCAUGACAGCCAUAUUACCACGAGGACUCAUCAAUACGAUCCCUGCUGUCGAACAAGACGCCUUUGGUGCUGUCGACUCUGUGGCCGACAAUGCCGAUGCCUUGCACCACUUCUGGAGAUACUUUGCUGUACAAAGUGACCUUUCCGGCGAUCCAACAUGCACCAGGUCGCGGAAUCUCUUUUGGCGAGUCUGGAGUGACCCAGAGCUUGCUCAUAAUAUGACAGUCCCUCGCCUCAUGCGGCUUUGGCGUCGCUGUGACGAACAGUUCGAUCUUAGUCCCAUCGGACAUAUCAAUGUAUCCUCGAGGGUGCAGUCACAGGCUACUUCAAUUCCGAUGCAAGAAUCGAAAUCGUGCACGGUUGGAUCCUCCGAGUCAAUCAGCCCUCGAUCGCAUCCUACAGACCCUCAUUACUUGGAAGGAUUUCCGCCGUUGUGUCAAGAGCCACCGGGAAGGCGUCUCGUGUAUGAUGCAUCAAACGAGUUAAUUCACGUACCAGAACAACGAACGACAUGGACUACAGCCUCUGCUUCAAACACAGCCUCUGCUUCAUCUUCCAGGCCUACGCUGAGCCGGACUACUAGUGGUAGUCGAUCAAGAAUCCCGAUAGUGGCCACGGCAGGGAGAACCAGGACGAGACCUCAACUAGGUCGACGAAAAUCAAGCUCAUCUCGGGCGAUAUCGACAGUUCCAAAUGCCCCCAAGUCACCCCGAAUACCUACAGAGCCUUCUGGAAGACUAUCCGCCCCAGCAAGCAAUAGCCAUGCUGCCGGGCGUGCGAAUACAAGAGGUCCACCACCCGGACUCCCCAAUCCUCCUGUGUUGCGAAACUCGGCGAAUUUCCUGAUGUCUUCUCCCUCCUCCUGGCAAAGUGUUAAUUCAGGAACGCCCACGCCCCCCAUGGGCGCGACGGCGCCUGCAACAACUGCAGCAGAUCUGGUCGAGCGUGACUUUCGUGGCAAGUUUGUCGAGGCGCAGAAGAAGUUGAACAGUUUCACCAAUCUUCCAGUCCUUAUGCGCAUGCCCAAGAAUAAGAGUGUGGUUCGCUUCGCUGAUGAAGAUCCAUUGGAGGAGGAAAAGGGCAAAAACAAGGCAAUAUUGUCGGAAGCUCCAGAGGUGCACAAGGGUCCUUCAUCAUUGCGCUUAUCCAUGCCUGCUUCGCCAUCGGUUAGUGACGAUGAGUACAGUUCAGAUGAUGCAGUGGAGUUACCGCGUUCGAAAAGCCAAUUGAGUCUCUUGAUCAGACAUAAGAGGGCGCAGACGGGCAGUCAGGAUCUCGGGCCGGGUAUCGAUCUGGUUGAGGCGAGUGUGAAGCCCAAGGGGAAAGACAAAGGCAAGGCCACGGAGGAAGAACUACUGAUCAUGGCACGUAGAGAUGGAGUCACCAAAGCUGGAGGUGUGCAGCUUCCAGCAUCGCAUCGCAUUUCGGGAGAAGACCCCGGAUAUUUUUCACCUUCGAGUCCAGAGCCAUUGUUUUGAACAGCACCAAAUACCCCUCAAGACUACAUGCUAUUCUAUUGUAUCACGACAUGAAUUAACGACGAAACGGCCGAAACAAUUGUAUCAUACGCCAUCGACAUUCCGAAGAACAUUCGUUUUACCCCAAGACAUACAAAUACGCAACUUGGCGUUGGAAGCAUUGAUCGAGAGGUUUGCAGCAUAAAGCGCAGCCAGCAUCAGCUUGGAGGACAGAACAGCUACAGCAUAUACGAGUACGAGUAGGGGUAUUGGAGAAUCAAUUACCGUUUUUUG